AUGAUUCGCAACAUCCGUAUUAACGUUCAACAAGGAGACAAAUACCCGGCUGAAGAUGUUCCUACUAAAGUCUUAACCUGGCUAGCCCGUAAUAAAAGACAUGUAGACCCGGUCAGAAAAGACUUAAUUGAGGGUCAAGUAGUAGUUAUACUGGAAGGUCAGUACAUUGCCCGACGAGCAGUUCUAGUUAAGCGAUUACCCCGCAAUCUUAUCUUAGUAGCUGGUGUACCUGAACUGAAUGGUGUACCUUUGACUGUUCUUAAUCAGAGGUACGUUCUACCAGUUUCAGUCUUUAUGCCGUUAAGUGCUGAGUUAAGGAAGGGAGUUACAGUGCAGAAGGAAGGUUUUAUGGCUUUAAAGGACUGGACAGUUGAGAAUGCUUAUGACUUAGAGGUUUUAGACUUGAUUAAGACGGAAGGAGUUUUAGCCGGAGUAGCUGCUGUAGUAGCUGAGGAGUGUGCUAAGACCAAGGGGUUAAAGACUUACUUCAAGACGCCUUUUAAGUUGCCACAAGGAGUAGAUCCUCUCAGUGUCUUCUACUAA